UUGAUCACAUCACACAAUCAACUUCAGUGGUGUUUGUUUUUGUGCAAAUCAUUUUUUUCGUAGUCAAACCAUAUGGCCAUUGUGUGAAUAGUGGAAAAAAUUCAGAGUUUUGAACAGAAUAAAAAAAGUCAAAAAAUGGGAUUGUUCGAAAGUAAAUUUCUGGAGGGUGAUUUUGUUGAGCCACAAUGGCUGGAGAAACCAUGUUACUUUGGUCUUCGAUGUUGGCAUCUUGGCUUUUUGGGCUUUAGCGGUCUUGUAUGCAUUGUUGUAAUGCUGUGCUGCUGUUUUCGCUUUCGAAUUCCACGCACCAAACAAGAAAUUGAAGCCGACUAUCAGCGCCGUGUGAUUGCGAAAAAUUUUCGCAAACGUUUGGCAAAUAUCAAAAAUUCCGAAAUGGACGAUAUGAACCUACAAAAAGGUGAGACAAAUCAUACUGCAAUCGAAGUAAUGCUACUAUGCCCUAAGAUGAUACGGAUUCCUUUUACAUAUUUAGCUUUAGAACGAAUUCGACAAGAUUUUUUGGCCGAAGCCCAUCGAAACAUGGAAGCACAAGAGAUGAAAGGUGUUGUGCUGAGAAGAGGGCAUGUUUGAACUUCAAAAUAGAAAAAAACGAUAGAAAUUCACAACUUGGCGACCUUAUUCAAUGGAAUUCAUACAAAUUAACCACUGUUUCCCCUCGAAACUGUUCAAGUUCAAGAAAAGUUUCAGUUUUAUUCAAGAAAACAUUGAAAUUGUUGCAAAAACACGCGGAGAAUACUCAACAAAUACAUUUUUUUAAAAAUAAAUUCA